AUGAACAGGAAAGUAGCUAUCGUAACGGGUACUAAUAGUAAUCUUGGUCUGAACAUUGUGUUCCGUCUGAUUGAAACUGAGGACACCAAUGUCAGAUUGACCAUUGUGGUGACUUCUAGAACGCUUCCUCGAGUGCAGGAGGUGAUUAACCAGAUUAAAGAUUUUUACAACAAAUCAGGCCGUGUAGAGGAUUUGGAAAUAGACUUUGAUUAUCUGUUGGUGGACUUCACCAACAUGGUGAGUGUCUUGAACGCAUAUUACGACAUCAACAAAAAGUACAGGGCGAUAAACUACCUUUUCGUGAAUGCUGCGCAAGGUAUCUUUGACGGUAUAGAUUGGAUCGGAGCGGUCAAGGAGGUUUUCACCAAUCCAUUGGAGGCAGUGACAAAUCCGACAUACAAGAUACAACUGGUGGGCGUCAAGUCUAAAGAUGACAUGGGGCUUAUUUUCCAGGCCAAUGUGUUUGGUCCGUACUACUUUAUCAGUAAAAUUCUGCCUCAAUUGACCAGGGGAAAGGCUUAUAUUGUUUGGAUUUCGAGUAUUAUGUCCGAUCCUAAGUAUCUUUCGUUGAACGAUAUUGAACUACUAAAGACAAAUGCCUCUUAUGAGGGCUCCAAGCGUUUAGUUGAUUUACUGCAUUUGGCCACCUACAAAGACUUGAAAAAGCUGGGCAUAAAUCAGUAUGUAGUUCAACCGGGCAUAUUUACAAGCCAUUCCUUCUCCGAAUAUUUGAAUUUUUUCACCUAUUUCGGCAUGCUAUGCUUGUUCUAUUUGGCCAGGCUGUUGGGGUCUCCAUGGCACAAUAUUGAUGGUUAUAAAGCUGCCAAUGCCCCAGUAUACGUAACUAGAUUGGCCAAUCCAAACUUUGAGAAACAAGACGUAAAAUACGGUUCUGCUACCUCUAGGGAUGGUAUGCCAUAUAUCAAGACGCAGGAAAUAGACCCUACUGGAAUGUCUGAUGUCUUCGCUUAUAUACAGAAGAAGAAACUGGAAUGGGACGAGAAACUGAAAGAUCAAAUUGUUGAAACUAGAACCCCCAUUUAA